AUGCGUUGCGCACACGUCGUUGCCUCGUUCCUCUUCCCGCUGCUAGCCGUUGCCCAGUCCAAUUCCUCUACAUCCGGCUCAACUGCCCCAUCCUCGGGGUCCCCAGCUCCCGUGUCCAACUCAGGAAGCGGCACCCCCUCCGCAACCAUUACUGUUAUAACUUCCGUCUUCACCACCGUUGCACUCGGCACCGAUCGCGCUCUCCACACUCUUACCUCCACGAACCUCAUCACGAGCACAAUAGGAGGCACGUCUACGGCCGGUUCCACUGGCGGCGGAAACACGGCACCCUCCUCCACCACUCCCAUCACCACCACAACGGCUGCGGCGAGUAUCGAUGGUGGAGGGAGUGUCGCCGGCGGAGCCCCAACACCUGGCCAAUCGUCCAGUGGAGGAAAAUUCGGCCCCAAUGACGGCUACAUUGCGGCUGCUCUCGUUCAUCACGCUCCUCUCGCCCUCGUCAUCUUCACGGCCGUAGUUGGUGGUGCUGCGAUGGUGAUUGUGUAG